AUGUCUAACUUUAUUUCAAAUUCAAGAAUAGUUCAUGAAGUUUUUGGACAGUUCAAUAAAUCAGAACCACUUGCAUACAUUUUAAAAGAAAUAUUAUGUGCUAAAGCCAUAAUUAGACAGACUUUGAACAUAGUAAAAACAAAAAAUAAUGUUGAUAUUGAAAAUUUUCUUGAUGAACAAGAUGGAUAUCACAUACCUCCUAGGGCUGUUGACAUGCCUAAAACUUUUAUAACUCUGGAACUUAAUAAUAAAAUUAGAUAA